UCUCUCCUCUCCUUCUCGCAAGAAGCGAAGCGCAAGCAAUCCCCUCCGAUCCUCUACACGUCAUCCACCAUUGGCUUGGAUUGGAGUUGAAAUAAUAGCAACCCUUAAGGCGGAGGUGCGGCGGCGGCGGCGGAGCCCGGAGGUGAGGUCAGGUCGCAAGCUCUUCCUCUCCCGUUUCUCCUACCCCCCGCCGCCCUCCAUCCCCAUCCCGGCCGCCGCCCCGCCUUUCCUGCCCAUCCCCGGCCGACGCAGCGCAGGAGUCCGGCCGCCCCCUUGGCCGGUGGCGACCCGUCGCCGCCCCUGAAGAAUCCGGCCAGCAGCUCCAGCCCGGGUGGGCGUCCCCGGCGACCCCCCGCCCUUCCGCGGGGCCCGCCGCCGGUGCCAAACGGGGCCUAAGACACAGUAUCAGUUUAGUUUGUUCCCCUUGCGAUUCAUCAUCUCUCUGCCGUUCCUGCCUGCCUGCUAAUUCCAUUCAACUUACUGCUGUAUUCCUUCUCCGGGAUUCGAUCUGCCCUACGUCGUAUUUACUAUUUUGUAAUGAUAAUAAUAAUAACAACAUACAGUAAUACUGUUCUAGAGGAAGGAGGGAAACCUAGCUACUAAUCAAUCGCAGGGUCAGCUCAAAAAAAGAUGAUGAUGAUGAUGAUGAUGCUGCUAUCUCGCAAUUAAUUUAUCUGCAGACGAGAAAAAGAACAAGAGAUUUGCUCGUUCGUUCACCAAGUGGAGAUAGAGAGAGAGAGAGAGAGCCAUCAUCCAUGGUCUUGUACGACCAAGACCCAGAUAUCAUCCGAUGGGGCCUUCAUCUCCUCCUCCCAGGUGGAGUAGUUGGUGUUGGUGGAGGUGCUGCUACCGACAACUCUGCCCAUCAUCACACCCAGACCACCACAUCUACACCUUAUUCAGCAUACGCUCUGCCCCUUCAGCAUGCCAACGGGGAUAGCUCCAAUUCCACCGAGAUCAAUGUUGAGCAUGUCGCCCGCGACGAUGCCGUUACCACAUCUACACCUUAUUCAGCAUAUGCUCUGCCCCUUCAGCAUGCCAACGGGGAUAGCUCCAAUUCCACCGAGAUCAAUGUUGAGCAUGUCGCCCGCGACGAUGCCGUUAACAAUGACGAGAUCAUCGCGCAAGCCCUGCAGGAGGAACUGUCCCAAAUCGCCCUUGCCGAAGCAUCUGGAGCAUCCUCCGCUGACGACAACCACUCUGCUGUUCUCACGCAACAGUGGUUUCGCCCACGCAUCAUCCAUGUAGCAUCAGCUUCUCGACAGGCAGAGAGCAGGGAGGAACCGUUUAGUUCAUGCUCAAGCCCUGGAGAUGACAAUGCCCAACAUGGUGACGCAUGCUUGAUCGACCUCAUGGAUGACUUCUCUGUCCUAGACGGCGAAGUUGGCAAAAGAUUGAACGACAUGGUUCCUGUUCCUCAUGUUCCUAAGACAAAUGGAGAGAUCCCUUCUGUUGAUGAAUCCAUCUCAGAUCAUCAAAGACUCCUUGACAGGUUGGUGCUGUACGGUUUGGUCGAGCUCAAGGUUAAAGGAGAUGGGAAUUGUCAGUUUCGAGCAUUGUCAGAUCAAUUUUACCGCACUCCUGAACAUCACAGAUUUGUUCGGCAGCAAGUGGUGAAGCAGCUUGAAUCACAUCCUGAGUUUUAUGCUGGAUAUGUCCCUAUGGAUUACAGGGAAUAUCUCAAAAAGAUGUCAAAGAGUGGAGAGUGGGGUGACCACGUUACGCUGCAGGCUGCUGCAGACUCGUAUGGUGUGAAGGUCUUCAUCCUGACAUCAUUCAAAGAUACAUGCUACAUUGAAAUUCUUCCUGUUGCUGAGAAAUCAAGAAGAGUUAUAUGCUUGAGCUUUUGGGCAGAGGUGCACUACAAUUCGAUAUAUCCGGAAGGAGAGUUACCUGUGUUGGAGAACAAAAAGAAGAGUUGGUGGCCCUUGUAGCGGUAGCCGGUAGCAGUUCCAGGUCAGGAAGAAGAUUAGAGCAGCUAACGUAACCUCCGCUGAAUGAUUUCAUCCGUUGUUUUUCCGGUGGCAUCUACGUAUCUCGGAUUUUGUCUGGCCAUGUGACCUGACUGACAGCGAUGUAGAUAAGAUACUAGUAUCUGUACAGACAGAGAGGUGAUUACUGAUUAGACAUAUUCAUUCAUUUUCUGAUUUGUGGCUGGGCCUUUAGGAUCAUUCUUUUGUUCUUUGGACAGAUCAGACUGUAAUUUUACUACGUACUACUUGUGUGAUGAUAA